ACCUCUGGCUGUCUCUGCCGCGGCGACGGCCUGGGCGGACGGUGCGCCGUGCGCAGGCGCGGAGCCCAGACCUCGCUGCAGCCCCCAUAGCCUAGGGGAGUCGCACCCACAGGGUCCGCCCGCUGGCGCGUCAGUGCUCUCCCGCUCGUCUGCCCUCCCGGGUUCUCCCAGCGCCCUACGCGCCCGGAUGGCGGAGCUGCGGCCUAGCGGCGCCCCCGGCCCCACUGCGCCCCCGGCCCCUGGCCCGACUGCACCGCCGGCCUUCGCCUCGCUCUUCCCUCCGGGACUGCACGCCAUCUACGGAGAGUGCCGUCGCCUUUACCCUGACCAGCCGAACCCGCUCCAGGUUACAGCUAUCGUCAAGUACUGGUUGGGAGGCCCCGAUCCCUUGGAUUAUGUUAGCAUGUACAGGAACGUGGGGAGCCCUUCUGCCAACAUCCCCGAGCACUGGCACUACAUCAGCUUCGGCCUGAGCGAUCUCUAUGGCGACAGCAGAGUCCAUGAAUUUACAGGAACAGAUGGACCUAGUGGUUUUGGCUUUGAGUUGACAUUUCGUCUGAAGAGAGAAACAGGGGAGUCUGCUCCACCCACAUGGCCAGCAGAGCUAAUGCAGGGCUUGGCCAGAUACGUGUUCCAGUCAGAGAACACUUUCUGCAGCGGGGACCAUGUGUCUUGGCACAGCCCUUUGGAUAACAGUGAGUCAAGAAUUCAGCAUAUGCUGCUGACAGAGGACCCACAGAUGCAACCCGUGCAGACGCCCUUUGGGGUAGUUACCUUCCUCCAGAUUGUUGGCGUCUGCACUGAGGAGCUCCAUGCAGCCCAACAGUGGAACGGACAGGGCAUCCUGGAGCUGCUGCGGACGGUGCCCAUCGCUGGCGGUCCCUGGCUGAUAACUGACAUGCGGAGGGGAGAGACCAUAUUUGAGAUCGAUCCACACCUGCAAGAGAGAGUUGACAAAGGCAUUGAGACGGACGGCUCCAAUCUAAGCGGCGUCAGCGCCAAGUGUGCCUGGGAUGACCUGAGCCGGCCCCCUGAGGACGACGAGGACAGCCGGAGCAUCUGCAUUGGCACACAGCCCCGGAGGCUUUCUGGCAAAGACACGGAGCAGAUCCGGGAGACCCUGAGGAGAGGACUUGAGAUCAACAGCAAACCUGUCCUUCCGCCAAUCAACCCUCAGCGGCAGAAUGGCCUCACCCAUGACCGGGCCCCGAGCCGCAAGGACAGCCUGGAAAGCGACAGCUCCACGGCCAUUAUUCCCCAUGAGCUGAUCCGCACGCGGCAACUCGAGAGCGUACAUCUGAAGUUCAACCAGGAGUCGGGAGCCCUUAUUCCUCUCUGCCUAAGGGGCAGGCUCCUGCAUGGACGGCACUUUACAUAUAAAAGUAUCACAGGUGACAUGGCCAUCACAUUCGUCUCCACUGGAGUGGAAGGUGCCUUUGCCACUGAGGAGCACCCUUACGCAGCUCAUGGACCCUGGUUACAAAUUCUGUUGACCGAAGAGUUUGUAGAGAAAAUGUUGGAGGACUUAGAAGAUUUGACUUCUCCGGAGGAAUUCAAACUUCCCAAAGAGUACAACUGGCCUGAAAAGAAGCUGAAAGUCUCCAUCCUACCCGACGUGGUGUUCGACAGUCCACUGCACUAGCCUGGGCUGGGCCCUGUAGGGGCCAAGGGAGAGCCCAGCUGCUCCCCGGUGACUUCUGAUGUAGCAGCUGUGUAAGAAUCCCACCAAAAAAGGGCAAGUGUGAGGAUGACUGUGCAGCCUGGUGGGAUGCCGUGCACAGGCAGCAGGCCCCCACCUCACCUGCAGCGCCAAGCUCAUGUGACCAGGCCCUGAUCCCGCUGGGCACUGAGCGGGCAAAUGCAAACCUUCCCCUCCUGCUGUUGCCACAAGUUCUGGUUUGAGAAGUGACUCUGGACCUUUGAUGUGCCCCUAGGUGGAGACAGGCCUCCUUCUCACCUACCCACUGCCGUGCAGCCCAGCAGGAGGGAGGUGGAGUGGCCGUGUGGGUGCACUGCCCAGCUCAACUCCCGGAAGCCUUUGGUUUUGGUAGUCAAGCUCCUCUCGCCACGGAACAAUUCCUUUGAUCGUGUUUGGUUUUCUUCCUCCUUAUUUUAUUUUGUAGAAACCGAUGGUAUUUUAUUGCUCUUCAAAGAUGUCCAGAAGCUGUGUAUAUAAUGUUUUUUAAACAGAACUUUAUUCCCAGAUGAACUUUCUGAUUCUCUCAGACAGGGGCCUGGGGCCAUCUCCCCCUAAUCUGCCACCAGAGAAGGGGCCAAUGUUCUCCUGCCAACCCAGGGCCCGGAGGAGCUGGCUUCACAGAGAGGCCUUUCUUCCCAGCUGGGCCUGGUGGAGCCUGGGGCAGGGGGAGAGCUGAGACACUCCCCCAUGCAGCCUUGAGUCCAGUUUAAGGGGUGUGCUGGUUUCCAAGUGGACUGGGCCCCACAGAGUUCAAGGACCAUCAGGGUCUCAGAGACUAGGUGGCCCCAACCUCAUCUUUCAGGCCUUUUCCACCCAACCAGGCCUGCCGAGGAGAGGGUGAGGCCCAGCACCUCACAGACCAUCCCCACCUGCCACUCAGGGCCUGGGUCUCCAGCCCUUUGACCACUCCUGUUCCAUUUCCUCAUCCCCUGGACCUCCCAGCCUCCAGGCUGCAGAACUCUGGCAUAUUAAAAUCAGAAAAAGUAACUUCUCAACAUGUCUUUCACUUUGAUUUUGCAAACACUGUACUCUACCACCCUCCAUCCUCCCUGUAUCCAUUUGUUUCUCAUCUUGCUUUCAUUCCCCAUUCCUGUCCUGUCUCAUCCCUACAUCUGGGCCUCUCAUGGUCCUUGGUCCCUUGCCCCAGUACUGCAGUUCUCAUGGUCUUCCUCCCAGAAGCCAACCUAUCUCUGGCCCACGGUUUUAGGGGCUCCUCUUGGGUUAUCGCUCUUCUGCCCUGGAAUCAACGAGCCCCUUUCAUGCCCUCUUACCCCUGACUUGAGGGACUGCUGUUUCAAGAUCACCCUUUUAGGCCUGUCCAAAGCAAAAUUUUGUCUGUCAGGGCCCACACAGGACCUGCUCUGCCCCUAUCUACACUGCCACACACACAGGCACCACCAGGAGUGCCACAGGAAGCCCAUGGGCGCAGGACCUCUCUUGAUGAGAGAUGCAGACAAAGAGCUGCCUCCAGGUGCUGUGAAGGCAGCGAGUGGGCAUUCCAGGGAACAGGAGUUGGACUUCCAAGGGACCUCAGGGGCCUGGCUUGUUCCCUGCACACACCCUUAGGGCUACCUGGUUAAUUCCAUCAAACUCAGAGCAUCAAGGCAGAUCAGCCCGGAGUAUUGGGAGAGAUGGACUCCCAAGAUGGAACCCUCUGGACCUGAUGUUGACAGCAGCUAAAACCUUCUCUGAGGACUUUUCAAAAGGUCGUUCCUGGCCUUGGCCCACCACAGCAUCCUUGCCUUUGAAAUUUCUCAUCAUCUGACAUUUCAUGGCCAGAGAGGUACCAUCAGCUUGCCUCUUUCCCUUGCCACGCUGACCUCCCUCUCCACCAAUUCUUCCUUUCUGGGGCCCUGCCUCCACGUAUCUGGUUUGGUGGCAGGAAAAGGGGUAUUUUCUGACCUAAGCUUUAUCAUCAGUUUGGGAGGCAGGAGAGAAGCAAGUGAGCUCUGAGACGAUGAGCCCAUGAAGCUGGUGGCCCCUUUCUGCCUCACUAUGUCAGGAGCCUGCAAGGUUGGGAGGGGCCAGGCCUCCAUCUCCUUUUCCUACAGUGCACUGGCCCUGGGGCAGUGGCAGGGCACCUGUCAUCUCUGACCAGACCUCCUAUCCCUUGGGCAGCGGUGCCAUCCUAGAGGUUUUCUGGGAGGUGCUCUCCAUUGAGCUUCUGGCUGGUGACGGGACCCUCACUGGGAAUCAAGCAAGGCUGACCAUGUACUGUGCCCAGCACACCACCUGGCACGUGGUGGGUGCUCACUAAAUGUACGCCUUCUUUCCCUCCCUGCAGCCUUUUGGGAGCCCUGACCUCAUAGUGAAUGGGGAGGUAAGAAGCCUCCCUCCCUCGUAUGCCUCUUUCACAGGCUUCCUUGAGGCUUGCCUGGUCCGACCCCCUCCUUCCAGGUUCCUGGUCCUGGAGCUUCUGCGAGGAAGGGGCUCCCCCAUGCAGUUUGCCUGUUACCAAAGGCGGACUCCUGUGGGUCCUCAGGUCCAGCGUGGGCUGCAAGAGGACCACAGAUCCAUCUGCCAUUCGGAGAGGUAGAGAGGCUCAUGCAAGUUCUCAGGUCUGGCCAGGGAGCUGGUGCCUCUUCCUGUCCUCUUUCUCUUCCAAAGGCCAGGCUCCAGGGCAGGGACUGGGAAGCCUUGGAGCGACUCUAAAAGGGCUAGAGUGUUUUUUAAAAUAAACACUGUCUUGGGACUAGGUUUUGAGACUGAGUUCAGAGCAGAGAAAAAAACAUGAAGGUCAGUGCCCCUAUGGGGCAGACCAGUAAAGAAAUCCCUUGACUGUAUUUUUGUAUCUGGUUGUCUUUCCUCUCUGGCUUCCAGGUCCUCCAUGCCAAGUGAGGUACCUGGGUCUCUGUUAUAAGUCAGGAGCCCUAUAGAGAGAGCCCUCCUUUUUUUUUUUUUUUAAUAAGUACCUGAAUGCUGCAAUGAGCAGACUUUUGUAAAAUUUUAUAUUAGUUUCUAAUGUCAACAGCGACUCGGUUCCUGGGGGCUGCAGCCAGCCUGGAACUUUUGUAAGAAUUUUUGGGUGACUCACUUAGAUGUCGUUUCCUUCUUUCCCCAUCUUCCUCUGUGUAAUCUAAGUGCAUUAAACAUAUUUGCAGAA